GCAUCAUCGACUCCGACAUCAUCAUUGACAUGGAUCACUUGGUUCUGCUCAUUACCGGGGCAUGAAUACUUCUGCGAGGUCACAGAAGAUUUCAUCGAGGACGAUUUCAAUCUUACGGGCUUGAACGCUUUGGUCCCGUUUUGGAAGGAGGCGAUGGAGAUGGUCCUUGAUGUUGAACCAGAGGAUGCACUGAAGAUACCGGAUGUUUCCAUAGUAGAGUCAUCAGCAGAAUUGCUCUAUGGUCUUGUCCACCAGCGAUAUAUUCUCACAAGACCAGGUUUACAAGCCAUGGUGGAAAAAUACGAAGCUGGACAUUUUGGGAUAUGCCCUCGCGUGUUCUGCAAUUCCACUCACGUUGCCCCUUGUGGACGUUAUGACCUUCCUGGGUUGGACACCGUAAAAUUGUACUGCCCUAACUGCAAUGACAUCUAUACCCCCCCAAGCAGCCGUUACCAAGGCGUUGAUGGCGCCUUCUUCGGCUCAACUUUCGCUCCCCUACUUUUCCAAACAUACCGUGAACUCGCCCCCGCAUCAUACUGCCCACCACGCGCCAAUGGACAACCAUCCACUGUCCGCGAUUCCCCUCGAUCCUCCAAUGAUGAGCGGAACGGAUCAAAUGAAGAUGAAUCCGCACGGGGGCAAGAAGCGGCCACAUUGUCAGUUUAUGUCCCAUCGCUAUUUGGCUUUCGUGUGAGUGACAGGGCGCGCAGUGGUCCUCGGAUGCAGUGGUUGCGCAUGCGACCUGAGACUGCCGAAGAACUUGAUCUCGUGGACUGGCGCGGGCAGUGGAAAACGUUAGAUGAAGAUGAAAUGGAUCCACAUGAUCUGGAUGAUGAAGACAAUCUCGAUGAGGGGGGGAGAGGGAAGUUAGAAAAUUUCGAUGAUGAUCUAGAAGAAGAUGGUAUCGAAGAAGAGGAGGAAGAGGAAGAGGAAGCUGCCCCUCCACCUCCUCCACGGCCGAUAGGAGGGCGUAAAACAGCGAAGCGCAUUUAAUUGGAUUUUUAUUCAAUGGCCCUCCAGGAUGCCAUUCUCCUCCCAUCACUGUUGUGCAUUAUUCCGGAGUUGGACUGUUUGUUGCUCUAUUCUUAUUUCAAUGUCCCCUUAAUUCACGCGUCCCGCACGUCCCCUUCAAACACGGCGAACUUUUCAUUCAUGCGCAAGUUACUUUAUACAACAAAACAUCAGGUACAAAAAUGAGAGCAAAGGCAUUUUUCAAAAAUUACAAGAUGUCACCAUCAAUCUACGUCUCGUUCUCGAUGUUCACUGCGAAUGCGGCUUAGGUGGCGGCUUUGGCCGUCCAGUGUAUGCAUUCUUGAUGGGUGGUAGAGCUUCCUCUUCUGGUGACUCUGGGACACCCUGGAAGGGCUCGAAGAUUCCUUCCAUAUCGUCAUAUUCUGGAUCAAGUUCCCAUGGGUGAUGCGCCACUGUAGCAGUCUUUGCGCCAGUUUUGCUGAGUUCCAUCU